UCGAGAGUACAUAACCCCGUGCACUCGCGAAUCCUUUCUAAGCAUAUGCGAUGACCUCUUUUGUCUAACCCCUGCCCUGGCCUGUUCUAACUAACUUACUUGUUGCAGGUUCUCAAAAAUAUUAGAUCUUGCUUGCUUCCUAUCAAGUAUCAUAGCCCACAGAAUGGUGUGUCCGGAGUGCCUUUGACUGAACUCUGAAGUCGAAGUGCCUCUAGCUCUGUUACUGUGCGUCUGACUGAACACGUCUAGCUCGACCGACUCCAGCCUGAGGGCGCAGACCAGUUGUGCGUGCCUGCGUUCGUUUUCAACAUGGCGUCGACGAACGAUCCAGCCUUCACCGGCUACCUCACAAAACAGAAUAACAAGGCCUCCUAUUUCGUCCUGCGCGAAACCGACUGGGAGAGCGGUGAGAUGAGUCGCCUGGACCGCUACAAGGAUAAACGUACCUAUCAGGCACAUGGCCCGCCAAAAGACUCUUUGCCGAUGGCGGCCAUCGAGGCAGUGGCGUUUGUCGGCAAAGGAGACCCAUCCAAGGCACAGGCAGACUCGGAUGACCUGGAAGGUGAUGGCAGGGCGCUGCAGAAUCCACAGGGCAGAUUCGUAAUCUCGUUGAAGGCGUUCGGCAAGUCCGAUGACGGACUGUACCCGGUCUUUGCCCAUUCUCCGGAAGCGGCGAACGCCUGGAUAAGUAUACUGAAGGACUUCUCCUCCGGCAAGCCAUGCAAGCACAGACUAGGUUUCGACCAUGUAUGGCACGGUGUGGAAGUAAUGCAACUCGGCGAUAUCUGGAACACGGUGUCCAAAGUCAAGGCCCCGCAUUCCCUGUUGCUCAACCGAGAGGGGUUAGCUCUGGCUUUGCCACGUCGCAAGGAUCCCAUAUUUUGCUGCCCUCACUCAGCGAUACGCAGGGUCUCCAGCCAAGACAAGCAUCUAGUUGUGGAAUUCGGCACAUCUGCAUCGUGUGGAGAAGGAAGACUGUUCCUGCUGCCUCCUUCUGGUGAAUCUACAGCGGAGUACAUCUUUCGCAUGAUCAAUAGUCAACAAAGGAGUGAAUCAUUCGCAUCACAACAAACGCGUGGGGAUAGCCAGCCGCAGAGGAAUAGCUUCCAAGACGGCAUAGUUAAUUCGAGCGGACGUCGACAUUCAUCUCGUGGACGCUUGGCGCCCCAGCGUCAAGAGGGUUCAUCUUCUUAUGAAUCCAUGGUGCAUCCACGCACCAAGUGUGACUCUGGUCAGAGCCGGUCUGGCUCCAAGAGUUCCUCCGCCAGUGCUAUUUCCGGUGGCUCUCGCGGUCCAGCCACAGCUGAAGGCGCUGGUGACUGUUAUGAAGUCAUGUCAAGAUCUAGCACGUCUACUUCUGCCGUUUCUGCUGCUGUUUCUGCUGCUACUGAUGUGGAUCAUGGCGACGAUGAGGACGUCUACACGGACAUGGGGCAUGAGUCUCGGGCACAAAGCCGCAAGUCAGGAUGCGACGACGACGACAUGUACACCACCAUGGAUGGGGCUCAGUCGCACAGCGACAAGCCAGGAUAUGCUGUUCUCAACGUUAGCAAGCCUGAGUCAGUACGUGAGGAUCUGUACAUGAACACAACUGUGCGGUCACCAGGAGCAGCUGAUCUGCCAGCACCAGCCAAGGCAGCCGUGCUGUCAGUCGCAACAGCCGCAGCAGCGGCAGCAGUGCCAUCAGCAGCAGCCGCCGCAGUGCCAUCAGUAGCCACAUCGGCAAAUGUGUGUGAGCCUGAGGAGCUGCUGUAUGUGAACAACGUUUCACCUGCACUACCAGCGGAGAGAGUAGUUGAGCCAGCACCAGUCCCAGCAGCAGUAGCAUCACCAGCAGUCCCGUUAGCAGCAGACACAUCACCAGCCAAAGCAGCAGCAGCAGCCAUGCCGUCAGAAGCAACGGAGUCCCAGGCGUGUGACUCCCAGGAGCAGGAUGAGGAUGAGGAGGAGGAACUUUACAUAAACAACGUGUCACCUGUACUAUCCGCAGGAGCCAUAGAGCUCCACCAUUAGCACCACCAACAGUGCUCUCACCACCACCAACAGCAGCAGCAGCAGCAGCAGCAGCAGCAGCAGCAGUGACUUCAGCAACAGCAACAGCAGUAUCGUGAGCAGCAACAGCAGCCUUAACCAUCUGAAGAAACGGUGUCUGACAUUGCGCUGAUUCCAACUAGGGAUAUGUACUGUUUCAACAUGCUAAAGUAGGACCUGUAAGUUGUUUAGCUCUCCAUGCAUGCAUGUUACAUGUACAUACAUUUAUACAUACAGUAGCUGGCGGUAUCUUCUCUGUCAUCUUACAACCAUGCUCAUACAGAUGUCCACACAUGCAUGUACGUACAUUUAUACAUACAUACAGUAGCUGGCGGUAUCUGCUCUGUCAUCUUACGACCAUGCUCAUCCGGAUGUCCACACAUGCAUGUGCAUACAUGUAUACAUACAUACAGUAGCUGGCGGUGUCUUCUCAGUCAUCUUACGACCAUGCUCAUACAGAUGUCCACACAUGCAUGUACGUACAUAUGUACAUUUAUACAUACAUACAGUAGCUGGUGGUAACUUCUCUGUCAUCUUACGAGCAUGCACACGCGGAUGUCGACACACGUCUGAACGCCCUGAACACACACACACACACACGUACAUGUACACACACAUGCUCAUACUCACACACACACACACGCACGCGCGCGCGCGCACACACACACACACACACACACACACACUUCUGGGGCCUCAUUUGUCGUCUUUCCAAAAAGUAUAGUCGGUGGAUGUAGCCAUAACAUGUAGGAUGCCUACAGCAGUGAAAACUGCAGCUGUUAAUUAAUACAGUCAUGUGUGUUUCAAUAGCUGCUGUACAUUCACUGAAGACAAUAAUUCUUAUUUUUGCAUUUUUCUAGUGAAACCAGAAUCCCAUCGUUUUACUGAUAUUUCUUGCCUCCAUGAUGUUACUUCUAGCAUUUAUAGUUUUCUUUUUGCAUAUUUGUUUCUUCGGUCAGCUCUGGGUCUCAGGGCCAUGCACCAGGAUGUGGUGGAUAUUCAACAAGUUGUAUAUAGCUGCCAUGUGUACAAAUAUGUAUGUCUGUA